GGUGGAGAGUCUGGCAUCUCUGGGCCCAGCCUGGAAGGGUGCUGGACUGGCUGGCGGGUGACACACCUGGGGUUCCUGGGCGCCUCCUGGCCACACUGUCAGUGGGCCUCAAGCUCCCUUAGCAUAUGGCCUCUGGAAUAAAGUAAGCCCGCACCUCGGGAGGGGGCAAGCAGAGGCAGGAGCAGGAUGGCAGGUGGCAGGCGGGGCUGCACAGGGGAGCACAGCAACUCCACUUCCUGUGGGUGAGGGCCCUGUGCCUGCCCCGGGGGAGGUUGCACAAACCUUCCUGCGCAGGCCUCGGGCUGCCUGCCUGCCUGCCUGGCCUGAGCUCCAGCCUGCCUCUUCCACUGGCCACUGCCUCCCACCCGGGGCUGGCAUCCCUGCUCCCUGCCCUGGGUCCCAGACUGUGUCCUCCAUCACCACAGGGUCGGUGAGGGGCUGGGCUGGACACCAGGGCCCGCCCUCCCAUCACUGAGCUCCACUCCUUCCUCAUUUUGCUGCUGAUUCUAGCCCCAAACAAAACAGGUUGAGCUUUUUCCUCCCCUCAGAAGCUCCUCUCUGGCUCGUGGCUGCCUUCUGAGUGUUGCAGACGGCGCCGGCCAGGAAGGGGGGCCUGGGCCAGCCCUGCCAGGACUGGGACGCUGCUGCUGGCACCUGGCCCUCCAUCAGGCCAGCCUGUGGCAGGAGAACGAGCUUUGCCGCGGCAGACGCCUGAGGAUGAUGCCCCAGCUGCAGUUCAAAGAUGCCUUUUGGUGCAGGGACUUCACAGCCCACACGGGCUACGAGGUGCUGCUGCAGCGGCUUCUGGAUGGCAGGAAGAUGUGCAAAGACAUGGAGGAGCUACUGAGGCAGAGGGCCCAGGCGGAGGAGCGGUACGGGAAGGAGCUGGUGCAGAUCGCACGGAAGGCAGGUGGCCAGACGGAGAUCAACUCCCUGAGGGCCUCCUUUGACUCCUUGAAGCAGCAAAUGGAGAAUGUGGGCAGCUCACACAUCCAGCUGGCCCUGACCCUGCGCGAGGAGCUGCGGAGUCUCGAGGAGUUUCGUGAGAGGCAGAAGGAGCAGAGGAAGAAGUAUGAGGCCGUCAUGGACCGGGUCCAGAAGAGCAAGCUGUCGCUCUACAAGAAGGCCAUGGAGUCUAAGAAGACAUACGAGCAGAAGUGCCGGGAUGCGGACGACGCCGAGCAGGCCUUCGAGCGCAUUAGCGCCAACGGCCACCAGAAGCAGGUGGAGAAGAGUCAGAACAAAGCCAGGCAGUGCAAGGACUCGGCCACCGAGGCAGAGCGGGUAUACAGGCAGAGCAUUGCGCAGCUGGAGAAGGUCCGGGCCGAGUGGGAGCAGGAGCACCGGACCACCUGUGAGGCCUUUCAGCUGCAGGAGUUUGACCGGCUGACCAUUCUCCGCAACGCCCUGUGGGUGCACAGCAACCAGCUCUCCAUGCAGUGUGUCAAGGAUGAUGAGCUCUACGAGGAAGUGCGGCUGACGCUGGAAGGCUGCAGCAUAGACGCCGACAUCGACGGUUUCAUCCAGGCCAAGAGCACGGGCACAGAGCCCCCCGCUCCGGUGCCCUACCAGAACUACUACGAUCGGGAGGUCACCCCGCUGACCAGCAGCCCUGGCAUACAGCCGUCCUGCGGCAUGAUAAAGAGGUUCUCUGGACUGCUGCACGGAAGUCCCAAGACCACUUCGUUGGCAGCUUCUGCUGCCUCCACAGAGACCCUGACCCCCACCCCCACCCCCGAGCGGAAUGAGGGUGUCUACACAGCCAUCGCAGUGCAGGAGAUACAGGGAAACCCGGCCUCGCCAGCCCAGGAGUACCGGGCGCUCUACGAUUAUACAGCGCAGAACCCAGAUGAGCUGGACCUGUCCGCGGGAGACAUCCUGGAGGUGAUCCUGGAAGGGGAGGAUGGCUGGUGGACAGUGGAGAGGAACGGGCAGCGUGGCUUCGUCCCUGGUUCCUACCUGGAGAAGCUUUGAGGAAGGGCCAGGAGCCCCUUUGGAUCUGCCCUGCCAGUGGAGCCAGCAGUGCCCCCAGCACUGUCCCUGCCUUGCUAGGGCCCAGAACCAAGCGUCCCCCAGCCCCGAGAGGGAGCCUGUCUCCCAGGGAAUAAAGGAGUGCGUUGUUCUC